AUGUCUGCUCUCCUCACCACCAUUGGCCUCCGCGCCGCCCCCGGCCAAACGGCCGCCAACCACGCCUCCGGCUUCCUCAUCGCAAACUGGGUUUGGGCCUUCUGUCUCAUGAGCAACCGUGGCGCGAAGAUUCGCCUCGGCAUCGACAACAAUGUCUGUCCCCGCGAGGACCUGACUACCUACGGCGAGGCGGCGGUCCAGGCUCGCAAAAUCAGCCGCGACACGCUCAAUAAGCUGAAGCGUCGCGAGGCGGCCCAUGCGAAUGCUCAGGAGGGCUACCCUCUGUUUGUGGCGGCCAUUUUGAUUUCACUGUUUGCCGGUGUUCCCAACGAGACGAUCAACACCAUCGGUGUUUGGUACUCGAUUUCGCGUGUGGUGUAUAGUAUUCUCUACGCAAACAUCACAACCAAGCCUGCGAGCUUCCUGCGCUCCGUGGCUUGGUGGUCUGCUAGACCGGAGCUAAGGCCUAGGCUGGCCCCGACGUCGGCUUCGGUCGUAUCAACAAUAUCACCUCUAAGGACAUUCACCACCACUUGCGCCGAGUACCCAUCCGCUGUCAAUUUCACGAACAUCAAGUUCGAGAAUAUUCAUGGCACCUCGUCCGGCAAGUGUACCCCAUCAGUGAUUACUUGUGAUGGAAUUGAUGGUGAUAUUGGUGUGGAGUGCCAAUCGAGCUUAUCUUAG